AUGGGGGCGCCCAAUGAACAGGCUGCUGAGCUGGCAAUGUCCAGCCCGCCGUUCACGGUGAAAGCCGUCUUCGAGUAUGCGUCGGGCCAUGAUGACGACCUCAGCUUUCCGAUUGGUCAGGUCCUGACCGUCACCGCUGAAGAGGAUGCUGAGUGGUACUAUGGUGAAUACACAGACGGCUCGGGAGCAAAGCAGGAAGGUAUCUUCCCCAAAAACUUCGUCGAACGGUAUGAGCCGCCUGCUCCCCCGCGCCCGUCGCGCCCGGCCAGGCCGAAGAAGGAGGCUGAGCCUGCUCCCCCGCCGGCUCCGGCCCCCGUGGAAUCCCCUGUCGUGGAGAGCAACUCGCAGCCGGAGCCAGAGCUAGAGGAGCAGGCCACCGCAGAAGAGCCUGCGCACCCCCAGCCAGCUCCUACUCAAUCUUCUCAGCAGGCGGCCUCGCUUCCGCCGGCGACACAACCGGCUGCCCCUCCACCCCCUGCAGCCUCCAAGCCCCCGCCUCCGGCUGUCGCAGAGAAGCCGAGCGGUUCGUCGUUCAAGGAUCGCAUUGCCGCCUUCAAUAAGCCCGCCGCGGCACCAGUCACACCUUUCAAGCCCAGCGGCUCGUCAUCGUCCUUCAUUAAGAAGCCGUUUGUGCCGGCUCCUCCCAGCAAGGAUUCCUACGUCCCUCCACCAAGGGAACCUGCCCCCAAAAUAUACAAGCGGGAGGAAGACCCUCAAGUCCAGGAACAAAUUGCUCGCGAGCCUCCCGUCUCGGAGAGCCGGCCGCCGCCCCCGCUUCCCACUGAGGCGCCGGCGGAGGGCGAAGAAGACCAGCCCAAACCCACCAGGCUUAAGGAUAGAAUUGCCCUCCUGCAAAAGCAGCAGCUGGAACAGGCUCAGCGUCAUGCGGAGGCGGCCCAGAAAAAAGAGAAGUCGCGACAUCCAAAGAAGCAGGCUGAGGGGCCGGCUGUUCCGGCGACGCCUGGAGAGGAACUUGAAGAACCUGAAGAACCUGGAACAACUGAAGCUUUGGAGUCUGCGCGUGAUCCCAGUGUCGAUACUUUGAGGGGUAGUGCUCAUGCUCCGCAAGUGCCCACGCCCUUUUCGCCGCCAGAGGAGAUGGUCAGUGAUACCAACGACGCCGACUAUUCUGCUGCAGCAGAUUCCGAGGAUGCUGGAGAAACCUCCACCAGCAAGGAUGAGGAUGAGGAGCGUUCUCAUCCAAGCAUCCAGCGUCAGCCCUCGUCGCGCUCUGUUGAACAGCAAGGCGACGAGGCGGAUGUCGAAGAGGAGACCGGUGAAGAAGAAGAGGAAGAUAUGGACCCUGAAACCCGACGCAGGAUGGAACUGCGAAACCGCAUGGCCAAGAUGAGCGGUGGAAUGGGCAUGAUGGGUCUCUUCGGACCUCCCGGCGGCAUGCCUACUGCUGGAGCUCGCAAGCCCAAGACUCCUGGCGAGUCGGAGAAGAGACUUGGAGAGUCGGAGGUUACCUCCCCUACCAAUGCUCCCCCGGUUCCUAUGGUUCCAAUGCCUGGGAUGAACAUUGGCAGCAAACCGCCCCGUCCAUCUGCCGAUGUCGAGAAGGAGGAAGAAGAGCCUUUGGCAACCCCUGUCUCUGAGCAGCAUCCUGCAUAUGAGGUUGCUGACGUGGAAGAUACGGUCCGCGAGGGUGCUCUGCCCCGUAGGUCUACUGACCGGGCACCACCAGUUCCUCCAUCUCGUGCUCCUCCGCCCCCUAAACCCGCAGACACUGGAGAUGAAUCAGAUGAUGAGCUGUCUGUGCAUACCGGGAACUUGUCGUUGAGCGCUGCUCCGCCAGCAGUUCCUGCACCAGCGGCCCCGGACCAUGUUGACUCUCGCCGUUCCUCGGCCUACGACACCCCGUCUACCAUUGGGUCAACUCCAACUACGGAGAAGGAUAAGAGGCUUAGUCGUCCUCCUCCUCCCAUCCCGCAAAAUCCGCCUAUGCCGCCAUCGCAAGGCCGCGCUCCUCCCCCACCACCCCGGGAUCAGCUACGCCGCCGGUCCACUGCUGAUAGUCGUAGCAGUGCCAUCUCCGCACCCCGGCAGGCAGGCGAGGAAGCAGAAGGCGAGGUCACGGAGUAUGACGGUGACUAUGACACUGAUAUUGCGUCCUCAGCGAAGUUCAAGGACGCAUUGAAGUCCCACGAGCGUGACUCCAGCUUCGAUGAGGGCACGAUCACCGAUGACCAUUCUCUCCAUUCGCCCAUAAUCUCCCAGGAAACCCGCACGGCUCCACCGCCGCCUCCAAGUGCCCCAAGGGCAGUCCCACCACCUCCUCCGAGCCAGCCACCGCGAAAUGCUCGCGCAUCCAUCGACACUCCUAGAGGGCCGCCUCCACCUCCGCCCCCCAAGGAGUCAUCGGGUGGUGAUGAUGAGGAGGAGUACGAUCCUUUCAACUACUCUACUCCUCAACACGGCCUGCCUACUCCCCCGCCUCUUCCUCAGGGUCGGCGACCAGAGGCACCCCCUCCUCCGAUUCCGCAAGCACAGGCCGCCGAUGAAGAAGAUGAUCUGUACGAAGCUUCUCCCGUGCAGAGUCCGCAAAGCUAUUCUACAACGCAGCACGAAAAACGGCCUUCUCUCGCACCACCGCCCCCGCCGAGCCAAGCACCAGCCAUUCCGUCUCCAUCCGCAUCUCGAAGCCAGCGUCAGUCUAUGGAUUUUAUGAGAGCCCAGCCCAAUGUCCGGCGAUCUAUGGACGUCUCUCGUCCAUCUGUGGAUCAGGGAUGCAUUGCCCAGGACAUUGAUCUUGCUGAGAAUACCCUUUGGUGGACCCAGCCCAACACCCCUCCGCCAGUUUUCCAGAACCGCAAAGAUCUUCUUUAUGAGGUCGAAGAGUCUUCCUCCACGAAGCGAGGUGGCAAGACAAUGGUGUCCAAGGAUGUCUAUGUGCUGUUCCUUGAUUAUUCUCAGACCGUGGUGACGGUGCAAUUCGAUGCCAAAAACCCUGCAGACGCCUCCCUGGAGCAGCGCCAUGAAUCCCCGCCUCUCCAGCCCCGUCAGGACCAGCUAGAAGAGGCGCACGUCCAACUCGGCACCCGAAUCUCCGAAGCCAUCAACUCAAUCCAAAACACGACGGUGGGCGACGGUACUCCCUUCGGAUUGAUUCAGCAUCUACUCAGCCCCCUGUCUGAUGCGCUACUCCCUGUCGGCACACGAGCCUAUGGUGCAUUGGUCUACUCGAACCUGGCCAACGCGUCCGUCUCCCAGAACGACGAGAUCCGCGCCGGUGACAUCGUCAGCUUCCGCAACGCCCGGUUCCAAGGACACCGCGGCACCAUGCACCAGAAGUACAGUGCCGAGGUGGGCAAGCCGGACCACGUCGGUGUUGUCGUUGACUGGGACGGCACGAAGAAGAAGAUCCGGGCCUGGGAACAGGGUCGCGAGAGCAAGAAGGUCAAGAUUGAAAGUUUCAAGCUGGGCGACCUGCGCAGUGGCGAGUGCAAAGUAUGGCGCGUGAUGUCGCGCAACUGGGUGGGCUGGGAGACCGGCAAAUAA